AUGUCUUCUUCAAACCGCUACGAUUUAAUUGUUUACGGAGCCUCUGGUUUUACAGGCCAAUAUGUGCUCGAAACUUUUGUUAAGAGCGAGGAAUAUGGCAAACUUUCGAUUGCUAUAGCUGGUAGAAGCUCGACUAAAUUGCAAGAGACUUUGACUAAGGUCGGGAAGUUGACAGAUAAGGAUUUGUCCAAAAUUCCGAUAAUUAUUGCUGACAAUGAGCACGAAGAUCAACUCGUUCAGAUGGCCAAGCAAGCGAAGGUUAUUGUCAACGUUGUUGGACCGGUAUAA